GGGUUACGGGCGUGAUGUGCAGACUUGUUAAAAAAGCUAAAUGUCAAAAUUCAAAAUGGUAAAUAAAUGCAGUGUGAUUUGUGUGGUGCACUUUGUGAUUCAGUAACGAAACAACAAUGUUUUCUUCAAUUAAAAACGUGUUAGUUCGCGUCCGAUCUCGGUACCGGCGUUGCGUAGAGAUGAAUCGCAGCAGUUAUUGGAAGCUACAGAUGUGCGGUACGGAGGAGGAGAUGCGCGAGGUGGCUGGCAGAAUCUGCAGGAACUACCUGCACGGCGCCUGGAAGAGCACGGACCCGCGGGACCUGGACUUCAAGCGGAUCAGCGGCGGGCUGUCCAACUUCCUGUACUACGUGGCGCUUCCCUCGGAGCCGGCCAAGCUGGGCGGCUUCCGGCGCGAGAGCUCGCCGGACGCCGACCAGGACCUCAAGCUCAAGAAGCAGAUGCUCAGCGCGCACUCUUUCUCGCUCGAUGAGCCGAAGAAGGUGCUGCUGCGCAUCUACGGGCAGGUGCACGGCGAGCGCGCGAUGGACGCGAUCGUGACGGAGUCGGUCAUCUUCACGCUGCUGUCGGAGCGCCGCCUCGGGCCCAAGCUGCACGGCGUCUUCUCGGGCGGCCGCAUCGAGGAGUACAUACCGGCGCGGGCGCUGCUCACGAAGGAGCUGUCCGAGCCGGCGCUGUCCAUGAAGAUAGCGGAGAAGAUGGCCGCCAUACACUCGAUGGACGUGCCGCUGUCCAAGGAGCCCAACUGGCUGUGGAAGACCAUGGCCAAGUGGCUGCGCACCGUCAAGGAGGAGCGGCUCGCGGCGCUGCCCGCCAACAUGCGCGCGGAGGAGCGGCGCGUGGCGGAGCGGCUGCGCGCGGUGGAGUGGGAGGCGGAGAUCGAGUGGCUCAAGCGGCUCACCGCCGCGCUCUACUCGCCCGUCGUCUUCUGCCACAACGACAUGCAGGAGGGUAACAUCUUGAUACUGGAGGACGAAGUGGAGACGGGCGGCGAGGGCUCCGGCAUGGAGGGGUCCGGGGCGGAGGCCGCGGCGGUCGCGGGGGUCGUGGGGGCGGGGUCGGAGGGCGAGGGGGUGGAGGGUGUGGAGGGGGGCGAGUACGCGUACAAGGAGGCGGACUCGGCCUCGCUGUCGUCCGCCGAGCUGGGCGAGCCGCGGCUCGUGCUCAUCGACUUCGAGUACUGCGCAUACAACUACCGGGCGUUCGACAUCGCCAACCACCUGCAGGAGUGGUGCUACGACUACACGAACCCGGAACAUCCGUUCUACUACGAGAACUACGAGAACGCGCCCACGCUCGAGCAGAAGGAGAUCUUCAUCAAGGAAUACCUGAAGCACGCGGGCGAGCCGGACGCGGCGGAGAGCAUCGACGAGAUCAACCGGCUGCUGGACGAGAUCGACGCGUUCGCGCUCGCCAGCCACCUGUUCUGGAGCCUGUGGUCCAUCGUGAACGCCAGCAAGAGCCAGAUACCCUUCGGCUACUGGGAGUACGGCCUGUCCCGGCUGGAGACGUACCUGCGGCUGAAGCAGGAGCUGAUCAAGAAGGAGAAGUACGGGUUCCCGCAGAAGAGGAAGAUCUGCGAGGUCGACAUUUGAGGCGCCGCCCGCGACUGAGCGCGCACUGCACUGCACCGCAGUGUGUAGUGCACUGCACUCUACGGUGUACUGUAUCGUACGCUGUGGUGUACUGCACUGCCCGGUACGCCAGCUUAGCGUACUGCACUGUGUCAUCGAGUACUGUAAUGGACUGUUAAACGUACUGCAGCGUACGGGCCGCCACUGUGCUGUAUCAUACGCCACUGUGCGGUGGCGCCGCGCCGUCGACUUCUUAUAAAUAUUCUCGCCUCAACUGUGUACAGAAAUCUGCGAUAUCUGUCUGUUCCUCGGUAUACCUAAAAUAUUACCAAAAAUAUCGUUAUUUAGAUAUGAUAAAAACUGUUUUUGGUUUCAGUAUUAAUUAUUAAACUAUUGCAAUGUGUUUUAUUUCAAAAAUGUUUGUGCAAUUGUGAAUGCUGUGGAUACAGCUAUUGGCAUUUAAAAAUAAUGAAAUAAUAAUUUUUCGAAGUAUUUUCUGAUGCCAAGUCAAGCAAUAACGUGUAGUGAACUAUGAGCUUUAUGUGUUGCUCUCGAGAAUUGAAUAUUGUAUGUACUUAUACAACAGCAGUUCUUAUUAAUAUUAUUGUAAAAAAAAUUAUUUAUUAGUUAUGAUUUCUACAAAAAUAUGAGGAAAAUUAUUUUUAUUAUAUAAGGCCGUUUAUAACAAAGCUUAAUAAACGGUUAAAUGAGUUGUAUUCAUUUUGUAAAUAAAUUAUGGACUAUUAAAAAAAUCUACAUUAUUUGUUAAAUUGUAAUACGUAAAUGAUUAGUCACACAUCUGUAUACAAAAUAAAAUAAAAUAAAAAAAACACAAAAAUAUUAACUUCCUCGUACUGUUUGUUCAAAUAGAUUUGUAGUAAGUCAAUCGCCUUACAGCUAUCUCUGUCUAACUCGAUACGAUGGACAAGGACGGCACAUCGCAGCGUUUCGUAAUUUUGUACAUUCGUCUCUCUCUAACGUAGCGAAGUAGACAGAGACGGCUAGAUAUCUCUCCAACGGGAAGAGAAAUGAAUAUAUUGUAUAUAGUAAAAAUAUGUAAGUCGUUAUGUGAUAUAACACAUGUACAUAUAAUUAAUUAUUCGACUGCAGUGUGACGUCGACUGCGACUCGACUCCGCCAUCUUUGUUUUUCGUGUAACUUUAAAUUGAAUCGACAUUUUAAAUGAUCAUUGACACAUGUGACCAAUAUGGAAGACUCUUUAUUUUCAAAUAUAAUUAUAUUAGGCUCGCGUAUGUAGUAAUAUCGAAUAAAUAAUGUAAAAAAGUGACAAUCGAGUCAAGUGAGAGAACUCGCGCUAAAAACUCGCUAAUUCAGUAUUCGCACAAACAUUCCUUGUGAUCGCCUAUUCGCCGUCUCGCUCUCGCCUGCGUAACGGCGCCACGGUCAGAGCGGGAUGGAGCUAUUUUGGUAUUCGGCUUUUUGAUUCAUUCGAUAUGCGGGAGAGAAAUGAGUGCCUUUGGGUGGAAUUAAUGUUAGACGACGUAAAAUAGUUAGAUGGAACUAAAUACGGGGAUAGACAAAUUUUUCGUAUCACUUUUUUACGACUAGCUGUUGCCCGCAGCUUCGCACGCGUGGACAACAUAAAUGAUCGUAGUACUGACUUUUGUCCCUUAUUUUACCUCCUUGGAGGGAGAAUUUUCAAAAUCCUUUCUUAGCGGAUGCCUACGUCACAACAUCUAUCUGCAUCCCAAAUUUCAGCCCGAUCCAGGUCCAGUGGUUUGGGCUGUGCGUUGAUAGAUCACUUUGUCAGUCAGUCGCCUUUGAGUUUUAUAUAUUUAGAUUUCCCGUAGUACAAUAUGUAUGACGAUGCAUCGCCCUGUUGGGAGGAUAAUUUUUAAAUUAUUCAAGUGAUUUAAAAGCGAUUUGUUCAAAUUUUGAAUUUCGAUGUAAUCAAAAGAACCUGUAAAACUACCACGUGGGUGAAUUUGUGACAAAUCUGUAUAUUCGUAAUAUAAUAUAUUAUAUUAUAUGACUUCCAGUGUCCCGACUAUGCACUCAACUAUGCUCAAUACAAUACUAGAUGGCGCUGCUCGCUCUUCACUAUAGAAAACCCUAACGAAUAAUAAUGUCUACGAUUUUCUCCUAGUUAUUUCUAACCUCGAAUAGCGUUCGCAAAUUUUAUUUGUGGUGUAAUCUCGAUGAUUUAUUGUAAAUGAAAUGUUUGCCAAAAAUCGAGUGAAAAUAGGUAUUUACUAUAUAGUAAUUGUAGGUUUCGCUUUUUUUAUUAUUUUGUAUAUUUUUUUUUUAAUUUACUCUAAAGAUAGCAUUCUACUUCAGAAAAUAGACUAUGAAAGGUACAACAUAUAACAUUUUUGGGAAUUAGCCAUUAUUUAAAUUAGCUUCAAUUAUUAUUAUUAUAAUCGAUUGUAAGAUUCCAAUAAUUACAAACCUAGAUUAGCGCCAAAAUGUUAGUUUUCGGCCGCUUGCAUUCGUCUCGCUUGCACAACAUAACAAAUUAACGUGCUAUCUCGCUCGUACCCGUCAUGUCGUGUGAACAAUUUGAAAUUAUUGGCGCCCACAUCACAAUAGAAUAAGAGACGAUAAAUCUAAACAUACAAUACCCUAUUCAUUGGAAAUUGAAUCGUGAAAGUUUUUAUUGACAAAU